UUGGGGGCAGGGCUUCCAGGAGCACUCUCCGGAAGCGCCGCUUUGGUGUCCGGGAAAGGCGUUCCAUCCGUCGUCGCCGUCGCCGCUGCCGCCUGUCUGUGCCGCGUCAGUCAUGCCGAAGCACGAGUUCUCCGUGGACAUGACGUGUGGGGGCUGUGCUGACGCUGUCUCCCGAGUCCUCAACAAGCUGGGAGGAGUGGAGUUCAACAUUGACUUGCCCAACAAGAAGGUCUGCAUCGAGUCUGAGCACAGCUCAGACACCCUGCUGGCAACCCUCAACAAAACAGGAAAGGCUGUUUCCUACCUCGGACCCAAGUAGCCAGGACCUGGAUGAGUCCUUCUGGAUAUGAACCGAAGAGGCAGGAACCUGCCAAAUGGCUUAAGCUGGCCUGGAACUAGAGAUGCCACCUCCUUACCGCACCUCUGCACUCCCCCACACCGCCAAGUACUGGAUUUCAGUGACCUGGGAAGAAAGAACGUCUGUUGAGGAGCUGUCUGUUGAGGAGCUGCCUCCGUUAGAUUGGCCUGUGGAGUGUUUUCUUGAUUAAUGAUUGAUGUGGGAGGGCCUAGCUCACUGUGAGCAAUGUCACACCUGUAUAAGAAGAUGGUGCUACCUCUAUAAGAAGACAGACUGAGCAAGCCACAAGGAACAAACCUGUAUGCAGAGUCCUCCAUGGUCUCUGUUUUGGGCCCUGCCUCUAGGUUCUUGCCCUGCCUUCCCUCAAUGACAGAUUAUUACUUGGAAUAGUAAGAUGAAAUAAAUACUUUCCUCCAAGGCUA